AUGGCCAAAAAAAAGGAAAAAGAGGACGAUGGCUCAGCCCCACCAAAGUGCUCGUCGUUGCUGCUCGUGAGUCAUCGGCUGCCCGCUGCCGGACGACGAGCUGCUGCUACUCUGAAAAGAACCCGACGGUUCUCGGCACGUUACUGUUCAUGGUUCGAGGUGGCUAAACGAGCACGAACAGGGGCUCGUCUCAGCCUGCGGCUGUUGCUCAAGGGUCUGCUACUCGAGGACACACGGCUGAAGCUCCUCGACAGGGUGCUGCUGCGAAUGAUGGCUGGUCACGGCCCGUCGCUGGUCGAGGGUCGCUGGCGAUGGUUGCCUUUGGUUGAAGGUCAGAGGUCGUUUCAGCCGUUGUAG